AUGUCCUGGCAGAAGGAGAUUCGUCCCACUCGGGAGAAUUCUAGUCUUCCACUCUACGACAACGCGCCCGAGGCGGCAGCAGAGCCCGAACCGCUCAGCCGCCGUGAACAACGACGCCUCCGUCGUCGAACCGCCCGCAACUUUUCCGAGGUUGCCCAGGUCGCUUCCGCCGACGACCUCGAGAAUGAAACCAAGGAUGGUCAAGACGACGCUAAUACCACGGCCGAGAUGAUUGGUGAGUCGAGCAAGGACUCUCCCUCUAAUGCCCCGGCCGCAUCUUCCUCUGACCCUGAGGCUGGCAGUCCCGAGAAUGAAGACUGCGGCGAGGAGGCGGACAAGGUGGAGUAA